AUGAUAAUAAUAAUAAUAAAACGGACUAUUUUCCACUCCGCGUACCACUUUUGGUCUCCUCUCUUAACACUUUAUUUGUGUUUAUCUCCUUCCCUUUCUCUUCCUUUUCUUCUUCGGUUUGACUACACGCCUAUGGUGUUCGUACUGCGGCAAUUACAGUUUCCUCCCUUCUGCCGUCAGACAAACCCCUUUUGGCCCUGUCCUUUUCCACUUUCCUUUCGGCGAACCCACGAGAAAUGA